CUCUUAUUAAUGGCCUCUCCAAAAUACCUACAAAUCAGAAAAAAACAGCAUAUCUCUGUCAGCUUUUGAUAAGAAUUGCAAAAGGAAGAAACCUUGAAUGCCAUUUUGAAAAUGAUCAGAGAAUUUCACCUUUGGAGUCUGCUCUGUCUUUCUGGACUUUGCUUGAAAGGGAAGAAAUUAAACUGGAAAAGCUUCAUGAAGAUAUUCGUCGCUUGAUUCAAAUUCAGAUUGUAGCAGUCCAUAUGGAAAACGGAUAUUUCAAGGAGGCUGCUGAAGUUCUUGAAAGGCUCUUUACAGACUCAGAAUCAGAUAAGCCUUUAAGGGUGAAGCUGGCAACUGUAAUUAAAAGCAAGGAUCCAUAUGUUCCUCUUCUCCAAAGCUUCAGUUACGAUCUUUUGAUAUGUAAAAUCAAGUCUUACGUUGAACUUUUCAUGAAAGAAAAUGAAACUAACUUCUUAAUACAG